GUUAAGAUAUAACAGUCAGGUUAAGCCACUUUAAUCCACUUCAAUUUGGAACAGAUAACAGAUGCAGGAGGGCCACCAGGCAACACUGGGUGUUAGGAAUAAAGCAGAAUAUCAAGAAAGCCAAGAAAUACAGCUUUAUCCGCUACAUCGAAGCCAGGCCUGCGCAUUAGAACGCAUCUACAAACUACAAACAGAAGAGCUACAGAAUGGGAUGAGGAUUUACAAAUUAGAAAGUCAGUCAACUGGCGGAUCGAAGGGGAUAUUGAAAAUCACUGUUUGUUUUAUGUAUAUAAAAGUUCCGCAGCCAGGGGGUCCUUUGGCCGUCGGCGACCCGGAAAGAGUCUCCAAGAGUGCUGUAAUCGGGUAUAAUGCAUCAAUCAAUCAAUCAAUCAUUCAAUCAAUCAAUCAAUCAAUCAUUCAAUCAAUCAAUCAAUCAAUCAUUCAAUCAAUCAAUCAAUCAUUCAAUCAAUCAAUCAAUCAAUCUAUAUAGUAUAGCGGUAUCAAGUGUGAUAUAAUUAUAAUCAUAUAGGUAUGAGUGAAGCAAGAAUCAAUUAAGAGCAAGAUAUAUAAGCCAGACGACUUUUUUUCCAGUUUUUCUGUAACUUAUUCUGAAUCUGUCGCACCUGGUCUUCCUUGCUCAGUGUUUGAUGAUGUCAUAAUAGGUCCCCUGCCGCAUCAUAACUUCCACAGGUC